AUGUCUGUCUUUGCGCGAUCGACGUUUUCCGCCGCCGGCUACGCGGCGUUCCGCCCGUCCUACCCGGCGUCGCUCUUUAAAAUGCUGCUGGCGUACCACAAGCCGUCGUCGGCCAACGGCACGGCGCUGGACCUGGGGUGCGGGCACGGGGUCAUCGCGCGCGAGCUGGCGCCGCACUUUGGGCGGGUGAUGGCUGUCGACCCGAGCGCGGGCAUGGUCAAGCAGGCGUCCGAAUCGACGCGGGACCCCAAGAUCACGUUCCGACAGGGGAGCGCGGAGGACCUGUCGUUCGUGGGCGACGGGACGGUGGACCUCGCGAUAGCAGGGCAGUCGGCGCACUGGUUCGACUACAAGCGAGCGUGGCCGGAGCUCGGGCGAGUGGUGUGCGGGGGCGGCACGCUGGCGUUCUGGGGGUAUAAGGACAACAUCCUCGUGGGGUUCCCGGCGGUGAACGAGAUCCUGGAGCACUUUCUCUACGGCGAGGGGGAGGCGGCGCCGGGCAGCGGGUGGGAGACGAUGGAGCGGUACUGGGAGAAGCCGGGGCGGCAGAUGCUGCGGGACAACCUGGAGGCUGUGGUGCCGCCGGCGUCGGAGUGGACGGCGGUAAGGCGGAUCGUGUACAACCCGGACCGGCGGAUGGCGCAGGUCGGGACGGGGCCGGAGGCGGAGGCGGCGUGGCAGCGCAAGAAGCUCAAGCUGGGCGAGUUCGAGGGCUACGUGCACACGUUCAGCGCGUACAUUGGGUGGAGGGACGCGCACCCGGAAGUGAAGAGCCGGGCGGAGGGCGGGGAGGGCGACAUAGCGGACCUGCUGUUUGAUCGGCUGCUCGAGGCGGUGCCGGAAUGGAAGGCCAAGGGGGACAAGUGGCGGGAGGUGGAGGUCGAGGCGGUUUGGGGCACGGUUGUGAUCCUGGCCAAGAGGAGGUGA